AAAAAGAGACAUAGCGAUAUGAAAUGAAAAUCCAUCCUAAGAAUCGCAAGGGUACAACACUCUAUACAUCCUUUUGAUAAAUUUAAAAGUACUUUUAAAGUCCUCGGGGUACAGCAGAGCGCAUGGAACGAAGGGUGUGCUCUAUCUGAGAGGUAUUCUCAAGCCGUAGAUCGUACUAGGUGGUACGCAACCAGUAGAUACGCAUGCGCCGAUUACAGUGGGUAGCUCACGGAGCCAAAGGGAUGCUGUCGGAGAAUGGGAAAGGAAAGCACCAGGGAUGGAAUAUAUAGAUACCUACGUACGUAGACAUAUAGUAUGUCUGGAUAGAGGUAUAGUAUACUGAACUGGGUAUAGCAAGCUAUGGCACAGUGGACUAUAGAGCGUAAAAGAGGGUUGGCACAGCAGUGGCGACGGAAUAACCAGCGCCGUAGCAGAAAACCGUUGGGAGCUCCGAGACCCGACGGAGUAUUCAGUGUUCGGUCGAACGCGGUUCGGUUAACAAGUGUCGUGCGUUCGGUGGUGAGUAUUCAUUAGUAGCGCGAUUAGCUGGUGCUUUAUAAUCGCGAUGGGAGAGUUUCGUCGUGGAGAUUCCCCCAGGUAGCCGAUCCGAUGUAGGUGCGGAAAGUGGGCGAGAAAAAGAGUGUAAGAUCGAAAGAACGAGAGAGAGAGAGAUAUAUAGAGGGAGGGAGGGGGGAGAGAGAGUGUUCAAAAGUCGUCGAAGGUGUGUGUAUGCUAGAAGGGGAGUGAGAGAGAAAGAGGUGUAGAGUAUCGGAGAAAGGUGAGGGAAUAACGACAAGAAAAAGAGAACGAGAGUGAGAGUGGUUAAGGGCGGGAGGGAAGGUAAAUAAGUAUAGGAUUAUAAAGAGUGUAUAUUUAAAAAAUGCGUGGUAAUUACUCGGUACACUGUGUACCGGGUUUAGUGGUCCCGCUAUGGAGUCCCGUGUCAAAUAUUGGACUUGUCGACAUUGUCUUUCGCGGUACCAUAUACUUCUUGGCGCUCUUAUAUCUCUUCAUCGGAGUAUCGAUAAUCAGCGAUCGUUUCAUGGCCGCGAUCGAGGUGAUCACUUCGAAGGAGAAGGAGCUCGUCGUACGCAGACCAGGGAGGGAGCCGCAAAUAGUUAUUGUACGAGUGUGGAACGAGACCGUCGCCAAUCUCACCCUGAUGGCACUAGGUAGUAGCGCCCCCGAGAUAUUACUUUCGAUCAUCGAGAUAUGGGCGAAAAACUUCCAAGCCGGUGAAUUGGGUCCGGGUACCAUAGUCGGCUCAGCGGCCUAUAAUCUGUUCGUCAUUAUAUCGCUCUGUGUGUUUGUCAUACCGUCUGGUGAGACCAGGAAGAUAAAGCAUCUUCGUGUAUUCUUCGUGACCGCCACAUGGAGCAUAUUCGCCUACGUAUGGCUCUACGUGAUCCUCGCAGUGUCCAGCCCGGGUGUCCUCGAGGUUUGGGAAGGCAUCCUGACCUUCUCCUUUUUUCCUGCUACCGUACUCACAGCCUACGUUGCUGAUAGACGACUACUUAUCUACAAGUAUCUUCACAAAGGAUAUCGUAUGAACAAGAGAGGAGUGAUCGUGCAAGCGGAAGCUGGUGAUUCCGAGAUUGGUGUUGAGCUUGAGAUCAAAACCCAACUCGACGCAAUAUCCGCGGACGAUACUGGCGACACCGACGACACCCCCGAGGCUCGUGAAUUCGAGCAAACGCGUCGCGAUUAUAUAAAUACGCUAAGGGAGUUACGCAAGAAGAAUCCCACUCUGUCGCUGGAACAGCUGGAGGUCAUGGCCCACGAGGAGGUCCUCGGAAAGGGACCGAAGAGCCGCGCCUUCUACAGGGUCCAAGCGACUCGUAAAAUGGUCGGCGCUGGGAAUCUCAGUCGGAAGAUCAGCGAGAGAGCUCAGAGCGAUCUGAGUGAAGUCAAGGCCGAACUUCAACGGGCUGAGGCUGAGAGUGUCGAUAUCGAGAGCAUCAACGCCACGAGGAUAUUUUUUGAACCUGGACACUACACCGUCAUGGAAAACGUCGGAACAUUCGAGGUCGGAGUCACGCGAGUUGGUGGAGAUCUCACCAAACCCUGUACCGUUGAUUAUUGUACCGAGGAUGGAUCAGCUGAAGCCGGUUCCGACUAUAUACCUGCUAAGGGUACCCUCACCUUCGCUCCUGGUGAAACCAGGAAGACUAUACAACUGUCUGUUAUUGAUGACGAAAUCUUCGAGGAGGAUGAACACUUUUACGUACGACUGAGCAAUUGCUCCCAACCUGCUAUGCUGGCCUCACCUAGUCUCGCCACGGUGAUGAUCCUGGAUGACGAUCACAGUGGCAUCUUCGGAUUUCCUGAAAGGGAUGUUGAGUUGGUCGAGAGCGUCGGGCAAUAUCCUCUACGUGUUGUGAGGUACAGCGGCGCCAGGGGACGCGUGGUCGUACCUUAUCGCACUGUGGAAGGCACAGCCAAGCCUGGAAAACAAUAUAUGCAUUCGGAAGGUACACUUACCUUCGAGGAUAAUCAGACAGAGAAGACCAUCUUCUUGACGAUCAUCGAGGAGGAUUCCUAUGAGAAGGAUGCACUGUUCUAUGUGGAACUGGACGAGCCGCAACUUCAGGGAGCUGUGCGUAAAUGUGUGUUCCCAGACGAGGCAGGAUUAGCCGCGGAAGCCGAGUCGAAGAAACCCGAGGAACGUACCGACGAAGAGAAGAUGGCCUUGCUCGGGCGUCCACGUUUAGGUGAAGUAUGCAAGGCUCAGAUAAGGAUCAAGGAGUCUAAGGAAUUCAAGAAUACCGUCGAUAAGUUAGUGCAACGAGCCAACGCUUCGAUACUCCUUGGUACGUCUAGAAAUUCAAGAACCUCUAGGCCCGCAUGCUUCUAUGGCUUCUGCUUGCGCCUUUGCUGCAUAGGUACCAGUUCCUGGAAGGAACAAUUCACGGAGGCUCUUACUGUCAGCGGAGGUGACGAGGAUGAAGCUGAGGAAGGCGCAGAACCCAGAGUAUCAUCCCCGUCGCCAGCGGAUUAUCUCAUGCACUCGCUCACGAUCUUCUGGAAAGUUCUCUUCGCUUUCGUACCGCCUACCGAUAUCGCCGGUGGAUACCUGUCCUUUGUCGUGAGCAUAUUCGGCAUCGGAGUCGUCACUGCAGUCAUCGGCGACAUUGCAUCCUACUUCGGAUGCACCCUGGGCAUAAAGGAUUCCGUCACCGCUGUUGUCUUUGUCGCCCUGGGUACCAGUAUUCCUGACACGUUUGCGAGCAAGGUGGCCGCCUGCCAGGACAAGUACGCGGACGCGAGCGUCGGAAACGUGACCGGCAGUAACGCAGUAAACGUCUUCCUAGGGAUUGGCAUUGCGUGGAGCAUCGCUGCAAUUUACCAUGCCCGCAACGGUGAUCCGUUCGUCGUCGAACCCGGCAAUCUGGCCUUCUCCGUGACGCUAUUCUGCACGGAGGCGUGUCUGGUGAUCGUGGUGCUGUUAGUCAGAAGAACGAAAAGCAUCGGGGGUGAAUUGGGCGGUCCGUUCGUCCCGAAAGUCGUCACUUCCGCGAUACUCUUCUCCCUGUGGCUCUUCUACCUCGUCAUGUCCACCCUUGAGGCCUACGGAGUCAUCCAGGGCUUCUAAGAGCGAUAACGCCGAGGAAUGGCCUAAUAUAUCCACCUGUACUUAUCUUCUAUAUGCUCAAGGAAACGUUCUCUCGGACUUGCUCGUAGCUGCUGGAUAUCGAGAAAGUGAAUUCGCAAAGGGGAUGGACUCGCAAUGCCGAAGCGACAUAGCCAGGGAUCGAUAUAACAACGAGAGUGCGUGAGUGCUGCGUUGUCUAGGUAUAAUUAUUACCUGCGUAAUAAAGAAUGUAUCUAUUUGUGUGUACCAGUUAAGGGGACGCCGUGACGUAUAAGAAUGCGAGCAAAUGGAUGACAUAGUGCGUGACUGGGAAGGAAUAAUUGCCUUAGGAGUCUUAAUACUAUAGUUAGUUGCUGAUCGUUAUACCGAUUGGAAUUUGAAGUAUAUCAAACGUAUACAUUGUAAUAGAUGAGCAUGCCGAAUGAUCGCAGAUGGAAUUCAUUUUAAAUUGUUAUAACGUGACAAAGUCAAGCAGACAGAAUAGUCGUAAAAUAUUUUCUUAGGGAAUAACGUGAAUUCCUGUAAUGCCGAUAUUAGUGCUAUAUGCGUCUAUGAGAUUUUUUAUUUAUAAUUUUAAUCGCAAGGAUCGUACUUCUGAAUUUUAGGGUGAUACGAGGUGCUGCGAGGUGGUUGAGGGAUGCGGUUGGUUAUUUUCAUUUAUUAGGAAGAUGAUCGUGUCGAUCGUUUGUUAUUAGAUAGAAAAUGGCGCUAUUUAAGCUCGUCAAGUAUAUUAUGACAAAAACACACUGCUAGGUAAUAUCAAGUUCGGAGGAAGACAGGAUUGAAAUACAUGAGAGAGAGAGAGAGAGAGAGAGAGAGAGAGAGAGAGAGAGAGAGAGAGAGAGAAUAGAAAAAUAUAACGUAAAAGAAAUAUAAUAUUGUAAAAUGACAGAGAGGAUGGUACGUGUAUAUGAUGAGCGCUUUACCAAAUGUUUCCUCCGCUCUUUCCCUAUCUCGUACGAGUUAUCUAACUGCAGUUUCAUAGGAACUUAGGUAGAUAAACGGCUCAGCGAGCAAUAUUUUAAGAAGUCAAUGUUGAAACUCGUUUUGGAGAUAUAUUCAAUAUUGAAUGAUAAGGCGGUUGGUUGUUAAAGCGAAGUGAAUAUACUAGUAAGAUAAUUUUAAGGAUGAGUGAUUGGAAUUCGCGAAAUCCUUAAGGCGCAGCCUAAAGUAGCGAGCGUCGUUUAAACGUAAAGCUUUUGUUGUUCUUCACUGCCUUUGAUCGGGGGUCGCUCAUCCGGUCGCGCCUUGAAGUUCGCGAUUAUCAAUAUCCAGGUUCUGCAACGUAUGUAUAUAUAUAUAUAUAUAUAUAUAUAUAUAUAUAUCUAUUAAAUAUAUAUAUAUAAAAUCGCAGUAGCGCAUAUAUAUAUAUCUGUAUAUGAAUACUCGUAGUGUAGAUAUUCAAUCUAUAGACUUUACGCAUAAGAUGAAUAUUCCCUGGCGAUCGAUCCACGGCUUUUAAAAUCGUGAUCCUUAUUCAUCUGUAUUUAAAAGUUUUAGAGAAACUCGACGGUUCUACAUUGUAUAUGAGAUAUUGACUAGUCCAUGAUAUAUUAACUGCUGAAUGAUCUAGUCAGUCUGUAGAGAGUUCCAAAGAUAAUCUGCCCCCCAUGCAUGUACCUAUUUCCUCUCUCAUUAUUAACGGGUUUCUUAUUAAUUUUUUUUAUCGCUGUUAUCCUGGGGUAGAGAUUUAUGAUACUAACCAUGUACUUUUUGUUUCCUUUGGUAUAAGGUAUAUAUAUAUAUAUAUAUCCUGGAUACAUAGAAUAGACGACGCGGUGUAGAUUCUCCUUGUCUUUUGGAUUAUGGGCUCUUCUUUUGGCUGGCAAACGGAAGUCGUCGCACAGGCACAGAAUCAGAUUAGGUGAUAACUCAAAGUUAGUGGAUACUCCCUGGAAACUUAUACGACUUGUUCUCCAGUCUAAUUUCGGCCUUUUGAACGUGCGAUAAAUGUCAAAUAAAGAUGGCACAUCUGAGAGUUUCCAAUAAAGAUAUCGCAUUAUCCGGAUGUUAUCGCCAUCGAAUCUCAUAACGGGAGCUUCCAUGAGCUCGUGUAAACUGCAGGAAAAACAAUCUCGUAAGGUAAAUUUUGAUGUCGUUCUCUUACACGACAAAGUGGAUAUUCCGCUAUCGAAUAAACAGCAGCCGGCUUGAUUAAACGGCCAGUCGUUAUGCCGGAUAGCAUGUAAAUUCGUAACCUUAGUAUCAGAUCCAGAAAGUGGCAUUUAUUGUGUAAAGUAUUCGUGAAUAAACUACGUAUAAAGAGUUUUGUGGCGUAGUUUGUAAAAAAUAAUACUUGAGGGAAGACUGUGGAGACUUGUCAGUCGAAACGUGGAUCGUAUAUAUUCUAAAGAGUAAAAUGGUGGACGCUACGAAUUCGUGAACUAGCAUUCGGCUUUACGUAUUCACGAAUUUGAGCCACUGAAAAACGUGGAAUGAAUUUCGACAAAUUUUACUUGCGUAACCCGGUCUUUGUCGUUGAGCUCGGGAGAGCCACGUUUCUCUUUAUUUUUUUCGGGGAUCAUUCGUAAUCCUAUACUCGAGGGAAUAGACAGUAUCUCUUUUUCCUUCAGUGCGUUGUAUCAGGUUUCGCGUGUUUACCUUUAUUGUAUGUACUUCUGCCGCUUUUCAAAUCGUUAUCGCGUAGAAAUGGAAGUGCCGAUAAGGAAUUGCAUUGGGUUUUUAUAUUGGUAUUACAUGGAGAACAUAUAUACAGAAUUGUAAGGUAUUACUGUACGGAAAUUAACACUAGAUUUGCCAGACCAGUCAUUUUGACUGGUCGUGCAAUUUCAAUUCAAAAUUCCUACUAAAUAUAUCAUUCGAUUUCAAAAAUGAUGUUAUGACUUUUGUAGCUAUAAGUAGAGAAUACAUUUUAUAAACUUAAUGUUAUUUCAUAUACAUUAGUAACAAAUAUAAUUUUUGUUAUUGACAUUUAUACCAGUACCAGUCAAAAUGUAUAAAUAGAUGGUAAAUCUAGUGUUAAAGCAAACUAGGUUGUAUUUGCGAUCCCUCUUGAUCAUAGCAGUAGGUCAAUCAAGAUGGGUAAAUAAUUCGAAUCCUCGCAGCAUCUUUGAUCGAGCUUUAUAGGAAUCGAAUGAUUUCUCGAAAAAAGAAAAAUAAUUGAACUCGUUUAACGCUUCGACUGAUCCAUAAGGUCUAUUCGAGAAUUUGUUUUUGGCAGGGGCCAACUUGUUAUGAUCUUCCGUGUAAGGCAGUCCCCCGGAUCUCAUACUUAGCUCACGAAUCUACUGUACCAUAAGAGCGACAGUUUGUUUAACCCAGAAAUGUCUAAAUUUUUUCAUUUGCAUAAAUCAUCCGCUGUGUUCAUCGGAUAGAAUAUUUGCAAAAGGAAGAAUAAUGUCUAGGCUGAAACUUUCUUUUACAUUUCCUUUUCACCUUUAUAGUCUUUUUCAUUCUUCACAUUAAUUAUACCCUGUGAAGUCUUGUAGUCAUGCAAACUGACGACGUUUGCACUGUGAGAAUAUCGGCACUGUAGAAAUCCAAUGGAUUUCACUAAAGGAGAAUCUAAUCGUGCGUAUAUCUUAAACGUAACGAGCAUGUUCUAGAAUUUGAUAUUAAAGAUAAAAAGAAAUAUAAAAGAUAUUGAAAUUAGCUUGAACGCGAAUCCAGCCAAAGAUUAUUAUUUUAUUAAAUGAUGAAUUUUCAAUGUGGGACUACUCAUCGAUGCGUAGACACUCAACAGCGAAGCAUUAACGUGAUAAUACUUAAUUGAGAUUUCGCUAUUAUUCCAGAUUCCACUGUACGCCAAGCGUCAAGGCCGCUCGUUGCUUCUAUUCGUCCCUACGAAAUAUAUAUGUAUUCACCAAAAAAUACCAAAGUAUUACCAAAAAAAAAAAAAGCAAAUCGGGUGUUUCCAUUGUUAAAAAAAAAAUAUCUCCUAAGGCAAACACAUUUAAAUGCAAAUGUCUAAUGAAAAAUUGCAGUAUUCGCGAGCAGUGGCAGCGAGUGCGUCUUAUUGGAUUACCGGAAAUUAUGCGAUCACUAAAAAUCAUGCAUUUAUUAAUUAAUCCUAUCGAAUCUCGCGUAAUCUCUGCAAUUUACUAUAAUCCGGGCAUAAAUUAAGCCGGAUUGAUCGACGUUUCUAGUCAGCCUGCCAUAGCGUAUAAUGGCCGCGUUAAAAAUAUACAUAUAUAUAUUCGAAUUAAAAAGCGCAUUCGCACCUAGACGUGUCUCUCCAUUUUAUAAAAUGGAAAUCGAUCGAUUGGUGCAAGGUGCUUGAGUAUUUUGUCGCGGAUAGAUAAAUGAAAAUUUUAGAGAAAUAUAUAUAUAUAUAUAAAGAGGUAUACAUAUAUAAAUAUCAAAAUAUUAUAUUCUGGCGUAUAAGAUAACAUUGUAGAUAGAAUGAAGGAAGUGUAGAUAAGUGAACGUAGGUAAUAGGUAGUAGAUAACACACUCUCGACCUUCCUCAUAGGGUUACUUAUGUACCUACAUGCAUACAUACGUUAUACAUAAACAAAAAACAUAUAUUGUUUCUUCUCCCGUGCUCGCUUCGUCUUGAUGUCGUAGAAAAUGUAGAAUAGAGGAAAUAUGGGUGCACGCGGGCCCGAAAUGCUUCGCGACGAACAGGGCUGAGCCUUUUAAUCCCUAAUGAAUAAUACAAUUUAUCGAUUAACUUAUUACAUCUAUUUACCGAAGUCGAUCGGAUUGUUUUAACGUGGCCAGCCGUGAUGCGCGAUCAAAUUAACGAAUUUAUCGUAGAUUGACACUGCGGUGAGUAGAUAUAUAUUUUAUAAAGGACCAAAUAAACCCGUCGAUUGCUCGUAAGAAUACGACCCUUAACCUUGCAUAGCGAAGAAUAUUUUGAAAAUGAAAAAUGAAAGAAUCCUUUAACAAAUCAUAUCCUUGUUUCCUGUAAAUUUUGCAUUCCAUAUCGAACACCAUUUUGACUGCAGGAAAUCUUUUCAUAGCUUUCGUGUCUCGUAUGAUUUUUGUUAUCAUCGGUCCACUGUAACUUCUUAUGUCAUAUUAAAUAUAAGUAUGAUGAUUAUCGAUAACGCAUAAAAAAUUGUACUUCACUUUUUGUCGAACUUUUAAGUAGUAAAACUACAGAGUAACAACAGAGACUUUCGUAAAUUUUAUGUCACCUACAGCGAAUACAAUUUAUCAGCAUUUCGAAAAUACGUGGACUUACGACCAAUCGAUAUCAAAAUAUCAAUAAGAAUUUUCCAGUUUCACACUUUUCCUUAUUAACGUCUUAGCAUUUAUCAUAGACAAUUCUUAUAUCCUUCCUGUACGAUCAUAGACAAAUUUUUCGAAAUAGAUCAGCACAGCAGAAAAAAAAGAAACGACCAAUUUUUAGAGGGAGAGAAAAAGAAAAAGAGAGAGUGAAAGGAGGGGGGGGGAGAAAGUACUUUCAAUUCGGACCAAAUGGAAUUCGCUGUAUCAGCCAGUAUAGUGUGCGUGAAUUUCGUUGAAGUUACGAGAUAAGGUUUAAAUUUAAAAAUCAUCAGGAUUCGCGCCAUUCUACUUACUAAUAUUCUUAUUCUUCUUCUCAUUCACGUUCUUUCCGUGAUACAAAGGUAACAUGAGAAAAUAGGCGAUCGUGAGACGUAAAGCGACACUUUCGUUUCGAUCGUUCACGCACAAAACGGGAUGUGACUGAUGAGUGAGAAUCGAUGAAAGUUAUCUUUGACGUUUUUCGUGCAAUUAUUAUAUAGCUGUAGAUAUUAAUAGAAGCUUAGAAUUUUCAUUUUUUUCAUUUAAUUCAAAUUACAUGUGCGUUCUCAUCGAAUCUUACUCACAUCGAACAGUCCCGUCUUUCGAAAAAUACCAUAUGUCCACGGCCGGCCACAAAUUUUUGUAUAUAUAUAUACAUAUGAUAUAUUAAAUGAUAAAAAAAGAAAAAUGAAAUUAAAUCUCAAACGUUUCUAUUCACUUUACGAAAAUCCUCUAUUAUACACUAUACUUAAAUACUCUUGACUAUGAAUCUUCGAAGCUAUCCUCUUACUGGGCUCUUUACAUUGUAAUUGUACUUUGAAAAAGGACACUUCGUGUUCCAAGGCUAUAUCUUUCGAUUCUACAUACAUAACUACAUAUACCCUGAUUAUAGCAGAUUAAUCAAAGGAAAUCGAAUCUUGGGAAACGAAAACAUAAUGCGAGUGACAACGGGAUUAUAAUUACAAAUGUCAAAGUUGUAAUAGCGUCGAGGGACAUUUUAAGAUGGUAGAUACUGUAAGAUAAUCGUGACUAAGCCAGAAAAGCAAAAGGUAAUCAUAUAAACGAAUAGUUAGAUAUAAAGUGGCGUAUAGAAAGGAUAAAAUUGAUAAAAUUGAAGGAACGAAAGCGAAAGGAUAUGAGAAAUGGUGUUUAAGUAAACAGAAGGAUGGAACGUGAAAAGCACAUUAAGCCUGAGUUACAUGCCAUUCGAUAGAAAAAUAUGUCCAAGGAAUCACAUUGUUCCUCUUGUUGUUGAACGAAAUGUAUUUGCUUUUGCAGCGACCUCACAUAUAAUUCAUAUAUGUAGUACUGAAAUUAUUGUAUCCACGUACGAACUUAUUUCCUACACCUGGUCAGCCGAUCGUUACCAAUGUUAUUGCGGCAUGCAUAAUAUAUUUUUCGUGUAAAUAAAGUAAUUGAUUUUUAUUAUAAAUUAUAACGUUAAUUGCCACGCGGCUUUAUCAUUAUUUUUCAAUUCUCCGCCUUGUCAUCACGCUGAGAAAUGAUUGUUCCUUUGAUCGAUCACUGCUAUUCACUUCUUAAUCACCUUUAAGAUCAGUUGAUUAAAAUUGUUCACGACUUUUAAGCGACUCGUCGAUAUUGAUAGAAUUUUGCUUCUUUUUGUUAAAAAAUUAUUGUACAGUUUGCAGUACCUUUUUUUUUUAAUAUGCGUAAGUGGUGGUUGUAGUGGUUGCGCGAUUUUGUUUUUCAACAUCGCCGUCGAUGUUGAGUCCAAAAACUCAUUGUAGGAAUUUAUCUGAAAAAUCAAUAAAAUGAGGAAGUUUCCAAAAUAUAUUUCUCAAUGAAUAAUAGUGGUCCUGAAUCUGUUUAAAUGGUGCCACCACUGUAGAGAGGCGGAGAGAGGGGGUUAAUAGUGGAUUUUUGGUAAUAUUAUUUUUCGAACAUUAUUUCAACAUCUCUAAAGCUUUGAACUUUUUAACUCUACAUUUCCUUGUCAUUCUUUCCUUCAUUCUCCUUCGCGUAUUCCCUAUUUUUUUCUGACUCUGUACAAAAAGUAUUACUUCGCACGUUACCUUUACGUUUUUCAGGAUACAUGCAUCAUACAACGAAUUGAGAUUUACGUUAAAUUUUCUUUGUACAAUAUUCAAGAUAUGUAAAAUAGUGGGAGAACGUGAUGAAAUCAUCGUUAGAAUUCUCGUAAAGCGAUACAAUCGAAAUUUUCGUUUAAUUCGACAUAUGCCUUCUAAAGUUUGUUGUUUCAUUUAAAAAACCAAAUAAUUAAAUAUAUCGUUACUAUUGUAUCUACAAUCACUGCUGGGGUCAGUUAUUACAGCAAUGAUAAUAAUUGCGUUGAUCGUUACUGAUCAGAAAAUUGGAAUUAAAAAAAAAUGAAUAUUUCGAUCGUAUCGCUUAACUCUAGCAAAAUAAGAGAAUCUUAUCUUCCGUCUUCGAUGUAUAAUUCCUGUUGUACAGAAAACUUUGGACAAAACGUCCGUGUAAAAUCCGUUAAAGUUAAACGUUUGCGCCUAUUCUUAUUAUUGUCGAUUUUCCGCCCGCUAUUUUGCGUCACGAUCACGAAAAAAAAAGGCACUGUCCAUGGCUCGCGAAUGACGAGUCGUAGAGAUAGAAAAAAGAAAUUAAGUAACGAAUAACUUUAAAAAGGCGAACUGCGUAAAAUGGCGAGGUUGAAAACGAACGUGUUAAUUGUUGAUGUAUCGUCGCGUCGAGAGCUCUUGUAACUAUAGGUACAUUACAUAUACCUUGAAGGAGGAAUUGAAUGUUGAGAAUUAUUUCCUAUCUGUAAAAUCGAAUCUGAUAUUUGCGAUCGAAUUCUUUUCAAACGAUAAGAGAUUAUAUCCAAUUACAAUAGUAUCGUAAAGUCCUUCGUAGCAUUACGAUUCUCCGAUGGAACAAUUAUGAAAUAAAUAUAUUAAAGAAAUUUUAGUAAUUUAAAAAUAUAUAACAUCGAACCUCGGUUUGCCAGAUAGGAAUGAAUCAAGAUCGAAUAAGAAUCAAUUAAUUGUAAUUGAAUCGAAAGUGCAAAAUAUACAUACAUUAAAUGUU